CCAAAGUUUUAAGGAACAUCAUCGUCAUGCGCUUUACGGUCUCCUUGUGCUAUGCAUUGGAAUCUGUGGAGUGCCUUUUGCGAGUAUCAAGGCCUUGCGUGUUUGUUGCAGCAUCUUUCCAUCCGUGCCGAGAAAAAAAAGGAGAAGAUGGCUUGUUGGUCAUGGUGACGUUUCUUUCUUUGAGAAUCCCUGCAAGAUUUUGUUUAAGUGUUCACCAAGCAAUUACAACCGUGCGUGUCUGUAAAACGAUUUUUCAAUUCCCCCUGUUGUGCACAGUGCGUUCUUCGGAUGUACAUUUGCGGGGAAGCUUUUUCCAGUGGCAAGCUCGAUCGUGUCCUGCUUCACAAAGCGCGGAAGGAUUGGUGAAACCAAGCUUGGCAGCUGGCCAUAACUUGUGAGGACAUGCAAAGGUGUGGUACAGUGUCGGGUAGGGACAAGUGUCUUCAAAUUUGCACUAGAAGGGAACACAACCGCAAUCACCGCAAGGAUUCUACAGCAAAUUGUUACAGGAGUUGGAAAACUUGUACUUAGCGUAAUUUCCCCAGCUCGAAAUUGUCGUACUCGCUGCUCAUCACCAGACGUAAGGCACAUGAAAGAAUGCCUUCAACGAUUCCUGAUGACUUUGCAAGGCUAAAAACACAAGGCUCACUAUGGUAACAUCCCAAUUUCCUCCGAAUUUGUUCACAACAGGGUGCAGCUCAAUUGCGAUUGGUCGCUCGAAGCACCUAGGAAGUCGAAUCAAGUGCAGACACAAAAUCAUUCAGAGAACUAAAUCCAAUGGGAAGUGAUUGAGGUCCUUCACGCUCGUUUACAAGGUAGCGAAGGAUUGGACUUAGAGUAAUUAGGUCAUUUCGACGUUGUUUCACUUCCAAUUAUCUGGACGAUGAUUGUAACCGGAGUUUCCACGGAAGAGCUUGUGAGUUUGCCGCGAAGAUAUCGGGACGGAAGUUCUGGUUCUGGCUUGGGGAACAGAGCCUCUGGAACUCGGGAACCCUCGUGACGGGAACUUCGUUUCUGCGGCGUCCCUAUUCCUGCUGCCGUUGCACACCUGUGGUAAAGGCUUUACUUACUGGGCAUGGUUGGAAAGAAUGUUGCAGAUCUCGAAUAGUCUCAUGGUUAGUGAUCAGACUUGUGAGUAACGGGCGUCUCGAAUGAAUCACAUAUUUGUGCUGCGUUCCUUGAACCCGUUACUUUGAGACCAUGCAAAAGAGUAUGUAGACGUUAUGUGGCAGGUAUCCGCGGUGUUGCUCUGUUGAAGGGGAAAACAAGAAGAGAAGGGCUUCUGGGUUUGUUCCGUUGUGACCUGACCGUUCCUCGUGGGUACUUUGAAGUGCGAUUGUCAUGUCUGGGAUUUUGCGCCGGUCAUGGCGACCAUCAUUGUCUUGGGCAAGAAGUGCGUCUCGCCUAACCCCAAGGAUAUUGUGCACACAUGUGGGAGCAGGCAGUGGAGGCCGAAGCAGCGGAGAAGUGCUUCGGAGCCCUCCCGAGGACAUACCUUACACAGUGAAAGGUUUGAAACACAUUUCUAUUGCAGUUCCGGAUCUUGCUACUGCAGCUGAACAUUACCGGUGCGUCUUGGGAGCGCAAGUCAGUGCUCCUGUGGACCAGCUUGAAGAGGGUGUCAAAGUUGUGUACGUGAAGUUACCAAACGUGGCCAUUGAGCUUCUGCAUCCAGUGGAAGCCAGCAGUACAGUUGCCAAGUUUUUGGAGAAGAAUCCAUCAGGCGGUAUCCAUCACCUUUGUUUUGCGGUGGAUGACUUAAACUCGGCAUCACGAUACAUAGAAGAUCUCGGUGUGGAGCGCAUGAAAAACGAUCAUCUGCUCAACCAGCAGCAACCAGCAUUGAAUUUGCAUCCGAAAGACACGAUGGGGGUCCACGUGCAGCUCCAGCAAGCAAAUUAAAUGCAAGUUAUAUUCCCUCCAAGUGGAUUUAAAGUGAACUCUUUGGGUGUCCUCAAGAUCUAGGAUAAGUGAAAAACAAGUAAUUAUUUGUUUAGUUUGAUGGGCCUUGACUUACACUUGCAUUGUUGAAGGGUUGCAGAGAAGGGUGAAAAGUGGGAGAAGAUCCAAAAUUUUGCGUCUUAUCCCAUACACCAUCAUAGACUAUCUUCUAUCUAAAUUAGAUUUAAUAAUCAACAGUAUAACCUGGUAUGUACAUGAUACAGUGAAACUGCACUAGCUACCUUGAUAAAUUGAAGCGGACCUUCUUUCUGACAAUGAGAAUUCCAAUCUAAGUCCUGCUGCAUGGUUUUCUCAUUUGGUAAUAGUAAUAUGUGGAGACGAACCAAAGAGUCAGCCAAGCAGACACUUGAAGUCAGAAUUGAAGUCAGAAUUGUCUUAACAGGGAUAACUGCAAAAUGGAUAUCAUCUUGCGGGCUUCAUGCUUGCAGCUGUUGUUUUACUUGUA